CUGUGCUUGUUUCUUCUUAGGUCCGGGCAGCACCAUCCGGCUUGAGGGAGUCAACACUGGCAGCUUGUUUUCUAAAUACAAGGGACUUUUCUGAAAUUUUUAGUUUUUAUUCAUAUUUUCCUUUAAUGGAUGUAUGUGUGUGCUGCGUAAGGAGAUAGUGUGCGGAACAAACUGAACACACUGGAUCCAAUGGGGAAAAUAAGUUGACUGUGCUGUCGGAAUAAUUUGUUUUUCUCGUUCCAGGAAAAAAAGAUAGCUAAUUUUACCAACAUGAUUUGGAUUUCUGGAGUCUGGGGUUACGGGAAUUGUGACAUCUGAGGGAGGACAACGGUCCAUAUCCCAUUUCUACAAGACGGCAACGUUGUAUCACACCUCUCGUUCGCGUUCUCGCUUUGAUUGGGUAUAUUUGUUCUCGCAGUCUACUGCUACAUAAUAUGGAAAUUGUUGUUAUAUGCGGAGCAUUUGAAGUAUCCCAUACUGUUCUUGCAACGCCGAAUACAAGUGGCUAUCAAGCUAACAACUGUAGCUUGACCUAAAAGCCGAAUAACUUCUGCAAAUUGCAUGCAGCAAAGGCUGUGGGAACAACAGCGGUGGUGGACCAGACAAUAUGGAAAACUUGAGUACAUUUGAAAGAUGAAUGCUGUGCUAUUUCCCAUGUGAUACAUAUCGGUUUCUCUUUUCAUAUCAAUUAGGGGAAAUUGACUGAGUUUCGUCAGUGGAGAGGGGGCCGCCACUUCCAACAUGAGGGAGAUCUAGGGCCGCGGAUAAUUUAUUUAUUGUGGGGGGUGCGGGUUAUUUUCUGUCGCAUUUUUAUUUAACAUUUUUUACAAGGUGCACUGCAUUUACAUAUGAAUUAUUGUUACAGUUUAGUAGCGUAUCUGCUGUCAGUGCAUGCGGAAAUAAAUUACAUGACAAUAAGUAGGUCAGAUCCGUGUAAUGAUGAGGCUGUUAGGUAGAGUGAGGUUGCUCUCAGAAUUAUAGCUGACAUGUUUAUUUAAUUCAAACCGUUUCAAGAGUUUUUGAUUUUGUGCAUCGGGUCACAACCAAAUUAUCAGUUAAACACCAUCUGCCCAAUCCCAUAGCAUAUCUUCACCUGGGAUAUUAUUUUCGCGUAAAAUAAACGGCCAAUUUUCACCCAUAUUUCCCUCCUUUUCCUUUCUUUUUGAUUGUUAUUGAGUGAAUGGCUCUGUGCGGAACAACGGCAGCCAAUGCCGCAAAAAUGAUGGCUGCAUACAACGGUGGCGCCUCGGCAGUUGCUGCCCAUCACCCGCACCAUCACCACCAACUACCGCAUCUUCCACCUCCCCAUCUCCACCACCAUCACCACCCGGGCCAACAUCACUUGCAACACCCUGGCUCUGCCGCCGCUGUUCACCCUGUACAACAGCACGCUUCUACAGCAGCAGCGGCUGCCGCUGCCGCGGUAAUGUUGAACCCGAGCCAGCAGCAACCAUACUUUCCCUCGCCAGCUCCUGGACAAGCCCCCGGUCCGGCAGCGGCAGCGGCACCUGCCCAAGUUCAAGCUGCGGCUGCCAAAGCUCACCACCACCAUCAACACUCACACCACUUACAGCCGCAGUUGGACAUAGAGCCCGACAGACCUAUCGGCUAUGGAGCUUUUGGGGUGGUCUGGUCAGUGACGGACCCCCGGGAUGGAAAGCGAGUCGCCCUCAAAAAGAUGCCCAACGUCUUCCAGAACCUCGUCUCCUGUAAGAGGGUCUUCCGCGAGCUGAAGAUGCUGUGCUUCUUCAAACAUGAUAACGUGCUCUCGGCUCUCGACAUCCUACAGCCUCCACACAUCGACUACUUUGAGGAAAUCUAUGUGGUGACAGAACUGAUGCAGAGUGACCUCCAUAAGAUCAUCGUGUCACCUCAGCCCCUCAGCUCAGACCACGUCAAAGUGUUUCUCUAUCAGAUCCUCCGAGGACUGAAGUACCUGCACUCAGCUGGCAUCCUACAUCGAGACAUCAAACCUGGCAACCUCCUGGUCAACAGCAACUGUGUGCUUAAGAUCUGUGACUUUGGGCUGGCGCGGGUGGAGGAGCUGGACGAGUCUCGUCACAUGACUCAGGAGGUGGUGACCCAGUAUUACCGCGCGCCAGAGAUCCUCAUGGGCAGCCACCAUUACUCCAACGCCAUCGACAUUUGGUCUAUAGGAUGCAUCUUCGCCGAGCUACUGGGCCGACGCAUCCUGUUCCAGGCCCAAAGCCCCAUCCAGCAGCUGGAUCUGAUCACGGACCUGCUGGGAACUCCCUCUCUGGAGGCCAUGAGGACGGCGUGUGAGGGGGCCAGGGCCCACAUCCUCAGAGGACCACACAAACAGCCAUCCCUUCCUGUCCUGUACACCCUGUCCAGCCAGGCUACCCACGAAGCUGUUCACCUCCUGUGCAGGAUGCUUGUGUUCGAUCCGUCUAAACGGAUCUCAGCGAAGGAUGCCCUGGCCCACCCCUACCUGGACGAGGGCAGACUGAGGUACCACACCUGCAUGUGCAAGUGCUGCUACACCACCUCCUCUGGCCGUGUCUACACCAGCGACUUCGAGCCCGUCACCAACCCCAAGUUCGACGACGGCUUCGAGAAGAAUCUGACCUCCGUCAGACAGGUCAAAGAGAUCAUUCACCAGUUCAUCCUGGAACAGCAGAAGGGGAACAGAGUGCCGCUCUGCAUCAACCCCCAGUCAGCCGCUUUCAAAAGCUUUAUCAGUUCCACUGUGGCCCAGCCUUCUGAGAUGCCCCCGUCCCCCCUGGUGUGGGAAUAGCUGCUGUCUGUGCCACGCCCUGGCCCCGCGCUGGACUACUGAGGACAACAACAAGAAACCCCAACCUGCGUAGCAUUUCACUGGAGUCUAGGACUAGCAAUGCCCACUGUGUGUGUACUGUAAUACUAACUAUGAAGUUUUAAAAUGAACCCAACCACUGCUGACUGGGUUAUGGAGGGACUUUUACAGUGUGCUAUGUAUGCAAGUGUAUACCCACACUGCUCUGUAGAUGCAAAGCCACAAAUGGAUGCACACACACGUGCAUACAAACAUUGUGCAGAGCUGGUAUAAGGGCCAACCUCGUGGGCUUGAAAGUGUGUGUGUAAAGCCAGGGAUGAGACAGUAUGCUGCAGAGAGUCCUCGUAGUCUCUGCCUGCAUUCCCAGAGGGCAACGCACAGCUCCCGUCCACUUCCAUACAUGCAUAGUCAUCACUUAUUUAUUAAAGGAGGGAGACGCGUUCCGGAAAGGGUGUUCUUUUUAUAUAUAGCACAGGAUUUAAGACACUACCUGCUCACGCUAGUUAACCCCCCCCUCCCUCAGAAAUCAUAAUGUUCAAUUAGAGAUAAUGCUUUUUAUUUAUUUGUGGUGUACUGUUAAACAGUUUAGUCAGAGGGUUUCAUUGUUUGUUUUGUCAAAAAAAAAUCCUGCUCUAUUGCUGUUUGUUCUAUGCCUGCUGUCCCCCGGGUUAGAAGUCAGUAUUUGUGAAGAGAUGUGUGUGCUCUGCAUGCCACUUGGUUGCGAUACGUAUGGCGAGAACCCCUCACACCCCACCCGGCACACACACUCUCAUGACUAACCCAAAUAUGGUGCUCUGUCAGUAUUAGCUGGGUAAAAUGUGGUAACCCUGGAAUGUGGUUGCAUCAAAGAAUAGGCUAUUAGUGGGAAAGAAGCGCCACUGAGAGCUGAAGAUAUCCUCCGCUCUGGGUACAGUAACAUGACGGGGGACAGAGAGAAGGUAGUUUAGGGUACAUAUUGACAUUGUGGUAUUCAGCACAGAUUUUGUGCUACAGGAACAAGAAGGCCAUUUUGGGGUGGUACUUGGUCGUUGCGUUUUCUCUCUGGAGACUCUUAGAGACCGAAUUCAAGUAAUCUGCUGUUAAACGUACUGUACCAUAUGAACAGGCAUGUUAAGCGUGUAAGGGAUACAGUCAUUCACUGGUUCCCCUGCCAUGUCUUCUGAAUCUAUAGUCCUACCAUACACUGUCCAUGUUCUGUCAAUACAUACCUAGUUAAAGACAGACAAGCAAAAUAAUACGAAGAUCAGCCAAACCAAAAUUAUUUAAUUAUUCUAAAGAGAAAGCGAAACCAAGAUUUAAAAAAAUAUAUUAAAAAAAAUAGAUGUUUGAUGAUACGGGGAUGCUGCCAUUUCUGGAAGAUGUUGAUUUAUUCCAAAGGGUCCCAACAAGUGGGAUGUGUGCGUGUUACUUAUACGUGUGUCCUGUCACGUGCAAAUUAAUAUGUUUAACUAACUACAGUGAGUUGCUUUGGAGAGGGGGUGUCACCUUAUAAAGGGAAUGGUGUCAAAGAGAUAGAUAUUCCCAUCAAUGAAUAAGGUCAAUGAAUAAUUGACCCAGUAAUAUUAGGUCUACUUUAAGCCUCACUCCCCAUAGCGAUGUUUCAUGUCACCCACAUUUGCACCUACGCCAAUAAAAUAAACUCGCAGAAGAAAACUAUUUAAUAUAUUUUUAGAUUAUUAUUUUCUAUUUCUUUCAGUCAAUGUUCAAUGGCAUGAUCCAUAGAAUAUGAUAUGUCAAUAGGUGAAAAACAAAUAGAUUUCAAACCAAAUCUACAAUGGAGGAAAAGAAUCAAUAAAUGAAAACUCAAAACAAUACUGCUGUAUUUUAGGGCUGUGCAUUUUAUUUUAUUUUUGAGACUUGCAUAUAAAUGUAUAUAUUUUAUUUUGUCUUUUUUAUGUUUUCCCCUGUACACGAGUGUGUAGAAGAAAUAAAUAAUCCAAAACAAACAUGAUUCAGAAAACAAAUGAAAAAACACAUAACCAAUUAUGUUAAUUGUGUCUUGUGUGUACUGCAGAGCUGUGGAUAUAUUGAAGUAGAAGGCUUUUUUCUUAUUAUUAUUUCUACCUUAGAGAAACACUUUACUAUUGUGUGUAUAUGUAUAUAAGGAAUUACAAUGUUGCUCUCUACCUCUUGAGCUCUAUUACUUGGUUUGUUAACCUCCACAAAUGUAUCAGUUCAUGUGGAGAAUUAAAAAUAAAACUUGAAUGUCCCUUACAGCUUUUAUAUAUAUAUAUAUAUAUUUAUAUAUAUAUAUAUAUAUAUAUAUAUAUAUAUAUAUAAAACAGCUAGUUUUCUUUUUCACUCAUUUGAAAAACAUUUUUUAAUUUGCCAGAGGUAGGAUUCAUCAUGUCAUUGUAUUAAAAUACCCUAUCAAUAGCCAAGCAAUUCCAGACUGUUAGUUGACGUUGAGUCAUAUAUUUGAUAGGCUAUGACCCUCCCCUAUGACCCUCCUCGUCUCCCUGUGUAAUAUCUGUGUGAAGAGAUUUUGUGUUGAAAUGAAGUACAAAAACCCACUGAUACUAAUUUUCGAUAUAUAAUAACAAAGCAGACAGAAAUAUGAUGGUGGUGCUGUGAGAGAGACUAACUUGAACUCUGCAACUGAUAUUUGGGCAAAAUUUGGAUAGGUACUACUUGUGCUGUCACACAUUUUAUAAGACAUUUGAAGUUUAUACUCAGAGGUAAUGUAAUUUGAAUACAAUUUACGAUAAAUAUAUAUAUAAAGCUCUGCUUACAAGGACCUUAAAGCCAAUGUGAAGUUGAGACCGGAAAUGACUCCUCGGAUGUGCUCAAGUGUGUGUUGGGAAAAAUGUCCGGUCUCUAAAAGUGUAGAUUUGAAGUACAGUGGUGAAACUCAUUAAAUGUGACCUUUUAAAGAACUUCAGUGCUGUGGCUCUUGUUAUUCUAUUUCCUACUUCAGUAUAGACCUAGACUGUUAUGUAGAUCAUGUAUUAUACAUAAUGUCUGAUUUCAUCCUGGUUGAUUGUGUUGUCUCGUGUUGAUCAGUUGGUAAGCAUUGAUCUUGCAAGGCCAAGGUUGUAGGUUCGACUUACUACUUACUGUAAGUUGCUUUGGAUAAGAGCAUCUGCUAAAUGACCAAAAUGUAGAAUUGUGUGAUUAUUUCAUGAGUUUUACUGCCACCCACUGGAGGACAUUAGCUUAAACAGUCUAAGCAAUUCCAAAACUUGUGAUCACACUGGUAUACAAUCAAAUCACACAUUGCUUUCACAUUGGAUUUGACCCUUUUAUGUUCCAUUGAGGGCAAGUGUAUAUCAAUAUAGACAGAAUCUCAAUUAUUGUCCAUAUGAUAGGUGCUCUGUGCAAGUCCAACCUCAACACACCUUAUUGUCUAUGAUACUGUAUGUCUUAAGCAGUAAAUGAAGACAAUUCCUUGAGAAAAAUAAAGAAUGUUGAACAUUG